AUGAUGUUCACCCUUUCGCCGAUAACUGUCGAAAGGGCAUAUUCUGUUAUCGUCCAUACAUCAUUAGGAUUAACUGUGGAGCAGUCUCUAAUACUAAGCUGGAUGAGCACUCUACUCCUUUCCCCACUCAUUCUUCUGAGCAGUUUUGCUCUUGACAAAUUCGGUCGUCGCCCUGUAGUAUUCGUUGCAGCUAUACUACUUUUUAUGAAAACUGUCUUUAUGUUCACUGCACAACUUUUGGUUUAUUUCACGUCGACAUCAUGGAUAACCCGCUAUACAGCCGUAAUUAACGAGUUCGCAACAGACUUCGUAUUCUGCACAGGAGCCGGCGCAGUGUCAUCCUUACUAGUGGCAGAAUUGGUGCCACCAGCUGCGAGAGUGGCAGUAGCUCAGGUAUGGCUAACUUUUUGACA